UAUGCCAAGAGUUAGUAGAACUAUUCGUGCUAUAAAUCAUUGGAACCCUGUUGUUGGUGUUAUUAUGUUUCUUCAAGAGAAGAUUCGUGAUCUGAGUCGUCGUGUUGUUAACUGUCCUGUUCUCGAGGCAGAAGUUGAGAGACUUCGUAUGAAUUUACAAACUUUGGAGGAGAGAUUAAAUAGUAUUAGGAGGGAACGUCAUAGAUUCGAGAUGGAACGUAAUGAACUUGAAUGGGAGUGCUCUCUUCUACGGAGAAAUAUUAUACAAGAGUGGACACGAUAUUUGCGGGAUCCUGCUAGAGCUUAUCUACAAAGAUUUCAACUCUAUGAAUAUGAAAUAAGUUAUCUUGAUCAG